AUGGAAACUAACGACUUGGAGGAAGGACUAGUUCGCGCCGAGGUGCUGUAGCGUGCAAGUCUUGCUGAUGGGACUCAAGACCGUGCCGUUCUCGUUCCGAUACAAGAGCUUUUGUAAGCUCUGCAAGAGGGUCUGACCUCGCAAUGCUUCUCGCCAUGCACCCAUCCAAAAAUUUGCCUGGCUCCCAGAUCCGACCGUCCUUGGUGGCAAGGAGCCACUCGAACGAGGGGACUGUCAGGUCUUGUGAGAAGGGUGGCAAUGACCCCACACGACAGCACGUUGACUUCGCGACAAAAGACUUCACGAUACGACACGCGUCAACAAAGAACUUCAUACUACGACACGCGGUGUCACACUGCACAGGACAGACAGGCUGGGGCGGAGAUCACGAGAGCGCUCGAGUGGCGUCCAAACCUCUUCAGGUCAUAAGCCGUCGGACUGAUCUUGCACCCAACCAUCGCGUCCGUCCAAGUAGCUGUCGUCGGAUGACGGGAUUGGUCAAGCAACCCCACACCUAAACUCGGGUCGCAGCGCUUUCAGAAGCUCUGGACUGUGUGGCGUUAGAAUCGCUCGACGAAAUACACUCCGGCUUCACAACGUUCUCGGGUCCAGGCAAGUGCCGUCGUGUUGGCGCCCUCUAGGUACACAGAGCUUCGCCUCGGCAGAUCUUUGUGUCGGACACAGGCUGCGACAGUGGUAAGUUGCCUAGCAUACAGGAGCAGACUUCGAAGCGAAGUCAAGACUUUUGCCAAUCUUUGGAGCUCAAGGGAGGCGUCGCAGUGACGGAACCGCCUUCCACAUUCCAUUUUUCCACUCAACUAAUUGAUUAGAAGAGUUUUUA